UCAGUAAUCGACUGAUGACUACUCUAUUAACACGUUUAAUGGAGUAACAGUACAGAGUAAUGAUUCUCAACAAUAAUUGUAUGUUUAAUUAAACGAUUUGUUGGUUUGUGCAAUUCGUCUUUGUAUCCUGAUAUAUAUAUAUAUUUAUUAGGUAUCUAGUGCUAUAUAAGACUCAUGGCCGACCAUAAAGAAAACAAAGACCAAACAACCUCACAGUCUUCAGAUAACUAUGAAGGAUGGGGAUUUGAUUUAUUCCCUGAGAGGAGAGGUACAUACAAACCAACUUUAAAAAAUGUUUUGUUUCAAGGACGUGGAAACGAAAACUUGGAAAGGAUCAAGUGUGAAAGAAAAGUGGCUUCUUGUUUAAGCAAAAGUCCAUUGGUAAAGAUCAUGAUGGGUGCAUUGCGCAGAUCUGGUUGCGAAGUCAACCCUUCUCGUCAUAUUGCUUGUGAACUUUGUGAUUCAAGUGUCCAUGGGGGAUAUGAUCCAAUUAUGAAUCAAGUUGUUAUAUGUCAAAACACUGCUACUUCAAAGGGUACCAUACAGGGAGUGCUCACACAUGAGCUUAUACAUAUGUUCGACAAUUGUACACGUAAAUUAGACUUCAGGAAUAUUGAACAUUUAGCUUGUACAGAAAUCAGAGCAGCAAAUUUGACACAUUGUGGACUUGUAUCAUCUAUUCUUGAAGGUCAUUCAUCAAUAUUUAAUUUUAGAAAAAAACACCAAGACUGUGUUAAACAUAAAGCCACUGUUUCUGUAUUGGCUGUUAGAAAUGUCACGUAUGAACAAGCAAAAGGAGCAGUCGAGAAGGUAUUUGAUCGUUGUUAUGCAGAUUUAGAACCUAUCGGAAGAAGAAUUAGAGGAAAAUCAGUUGAUUUUGAACUUGCAUAUGCUGAAGCUUUUUUAAUGGGUUAUGAUUAAUAGUUAUUUAUUUAUGUUAUUGUGUAGAAUAAAAAAAAUAUUAGAUGUACAAAAAAUGUUUUU